AACUGUCCACACACAGAAGCUGCUGCCACUUCCAACUUCUGUUAUCCUUUACCACAGAUCCCUGUAUUGAUAGACAUUGCUCGCAAUGUGGUGCAGCAGAACAGCGCUCGGGAGACUGCAGAGGAUCGCGCCGUGUACCGUUAGCGGAUUUCAUCGCGCAAUGUCUAUGUUACCGAAAGUGUUUGUGACGCGCAGAGUGCCGCCGGACGGACUGGACAUUCUCCGCAAAUCCGGGCAGGUGCAGUUUGAGAUGUGGGACUCUGAUGACCCUAUGCCCCGAAUGGAGCUGCUGAAAAAGGUCAAAGGUUGUGAUGGAAUACUAUGUGUACUCACAGAGAAGAUUGACGCACAACUGCUGGAAGCUGCAGGUCCAAAUCUAAAAGUGGUCAGCACUAUGUCAGUGGGCUUUGAUCAUCUUUCUCUAGAUGAGCUCAAGAAAAGGGAAAUCCGUGUAGGAUACACUCCAGAUGUUCUGACCGAUUGUGUGGCUGAAUUGACUGUUGCGUUGUUACUCGCUACAUCCAGAAGACUCAUUGAGGCCACACAUGAGGCUAAAACGGGUGGUUGGGGAACAUGGAGAACUUUAUGGCUGUGUGGUCAUGAACUAGCAAACAGCACAGUUGGCAUCUUGGGACUUGGGAGGAUUGGUGUGGCUAUCGCCGAACGUCUGAAGCCUUUUAAGGUGAAGAAAUUCAUCUAUACAGAUGUGACUCCGAGACCUGAGCUCGCAAAUAUGAUAGAGGCAGAAUAUGUCUCUUUAGAUAAACUGGCCGAGCAGUCUGAUUUUCUGGCUGUAUGCUGUGCUCUGACUCCAGAGACUCAUGGGAUCUGCAAUUUUAAUCUCUUCUCCAAAAUGAAGAAAAAUGCCAUCUUCAUCAACACAAGCAGAGGUGGAGUGGUUAAUCAGGAAGAUCUGUAUGAAGCCCUGUCCACUGGUCUGAUUGCUGGAGCCGGGCUGGAUGUUACCACACCUGAACCACUGCCAACUCACCAUCCUCUUUACACACUCAAAAACUGUGUGAUUCUUCCCCACAUUGCCAGUGCUUCAUAUACGACACGGAACGCCAUGUCUGCUCUUGCUGCCAACAACCUGCUGGCUGGACUCAGGGGUGAACCAAUGCCUAAAGAACUUAAACUGUAAAAGUAGACCACACAGAAUGGGAUAGUUCAUCCAAAAAUGAAAAUUCUGUCAUUAAUUACUCACCUUCAUGUCGUUCCAAACCCGUAAGACAUUCGUUCAUCUUUGAAACACAAAUUAAGAUAUUUUUGAUUGAAUCCAUAGACAGCAACACAACUACCACCUUUAAGACCCAGAAAGGUAGUAAGGACAUCUUUAAAAUAAUCUAUGUGACAUCAGUAGUUCAACCUUAAUAUAACAAAGCUACGAGAGGUCUUUUUGUGCAUAAAGAAAACAAAAAUAAUAUGGGUUAAGUAUAUAGUAGCAGAGUUGUCUUUUUAGGUGAACUAUUCCUUUAAAACAACAACACGUACGUUUGUGUUCUAACGUCAGAAGCCUAGUGUUUGUGAGCACACAGGCAAGGUUCACAGCCUGAGAUCAAUGAUCUACAAAGAGCAAACUCAGCAAAGAUCAGUCAUGUUCAUUCAAGUCCUUCAGUCCUUAAAUAUGCUGCCAGGUUAGAACUUUUUAGUUGUCCAUUUUCAAGAAUGAGAAACACAUAAAUACAAUAAUAAAAAGACAGACUAAACGUAUAGCAUUCUUCAUGAUUUUAUUCACUUAAUUCUUUUUUAAACCAGUAGAAAAAAAUGAGCGCUCUAACAAUGUGCAGUUAAUAGCCAUUACACAGACUCACAUUAACUCCUUCACUUUUGGCAUCUCUAGAUCUAAAAGUCAUAGUACAAAAAAAUAUUAUAAUAAUAAUAAUAAUCAUCAUCAUCAUCAUCAUCAUCACAUAAGGCAGUUGUUUUACUUCCAUUGUGAUUCAGGUCAUUCAAAGAAAAAGUCCUGUAUGUUUAGUUACAUUUAACACAUGAUAAGUAUGUACAUACAUUUAAGGUCAAUGCUGUAACAAACUGUUCAGAAACACUCAUGUUUUAACAUUCAUGUUAAAUAAAAAAAAACAGGCACAGGUAUAUAAUCAUACAAUCUUGACGAAUAUUAUAAUAAAGUACAAUAAUUUAGA